GUGGACCUCAUCAUUAUUUCCCUGACAUCCUGUCUAGAAUUGAGAUGCCUUCAUUUAAGAUUCGGACCACUUAAUUGGAAGUUAUCUGGACUGUAGGAAUAAAUAGGUGCUGGGAGGAAUAAUGAGGUAAAUUACAAUGGUCCCGUAACAAUGAUAAAAGGCCAUUGAGACCUGAAUAUAGAGAUGAUCACAUGGUGGGGCUUGUGCCUGAAUUCUUUGACACAGUACAACAUCUCAUCAGUCUUGGGAAAAGCUAUAUCAUAUAGUCUAGAUUUCUUAGCUCAGUAAAAAUUGCUCCUAGAUUCUUAUGGAAGAAUGGCAUCAGUUGUGUUGUGUCCUCUACUCUCUAUUGUGUCAUGGUGUGCACCCCUCUGACUCUGACUAAAUAAUAAUAUUGUUGUAUGGUGUGCACCCCUCUGACUUCAGGAGAAACUUAUCCUAUAUUUUAUAGAUGUUUGGGUCUGUGAUAUGGUUUCCUUUGUCUACACUGAAUGUUCUAAUUAUCUAUAUUGUUCCUUUGUACAGCUCUUGGUGUAGCUUGCCACUCUCACCAAUCAAGUUUUCAUGUCUGAUCUCGACAUUCAGAUCCCAACUGCCUUCGAUCCCUUCGCUGAGGCCAAUGCUAGGGACUCUGGUGCGGCAGCAGGGUCAAAGGACUACGUUCACGUGCGCAUCCAGCAGCGUAAUGGUCGCAAGAGCCUGACUACCGUCCAGGGAUUGAAGAAGGAGUUCAGCUACAGCAAGAUCCUCAAAGAUCUCAAGAAAGAGUUCUGCUGCAAUGGUACAGUGGUCCAGGACCCAGAACUUGGACAAUGUUACUUUUAUGAAAGAAUGCACUGA